AGAGAAGCUUGGCUCGGAGGAUUAGUCUGUCUGCGCCAUAGACCAGUGGACAGGAGAGAUGGUGAGCUGCAGCAGCACUGCAGUAGAAAUGUAAAGGAAGAAAGGUCGUUCACCUCCAGGGAACUAUGAACCAUGUCAGGACUGAGGCCCGUGGUGCUGAGCGGCCCCUCCGGAGCGGGGAAGAGCACUCUGAUGAAGAGGCUGAUGAAGGAACACGAAGGCGUCUUUGGAUUCAGCGUGUCACACACGACAAGAAACCCUCGACCGGGAGAGGAAGAUGGCAAAGGGCUGAACAUUCUCCCCAUGCUUCUGGGGGCUACUUUACUGCCCGUAGCAGACGUCUUAUCCUGUGAAGACUUAGAAAUGUCCACCUCAUUUUCAUGUCCAAACGAAUCAGAAACCACAGAGAAAGACUACCACUUCACAACGAGAGAGGCCAUGGAGGAGGGCAUCAACCAGGGCGAAUUCAUUGAGAAUGCAGAGUUUUCCGGCAACAUGUACGGAACAAGUAAAGCUGCUGUAGAGGACGUGCUGGCCAGGAACCUAAUCUGCAUCCUUGAUGUGGACAUCCAGGGGGUGAGGAGGAUUAAAGAGACUGACCUGAACCCCAUCUAUAUCUCCAUCCAGCCUCCAUCCAUGGACAUCCUAGAAAAACGUCUGAGGGACAGGCAGACAGAAACGGAGGAGAGUCUAUUGAAACGUCUGGAGGCAGCACGCAUUGAUAUGGAGCACAGUAAGGAGCCAGGAGUGUUUGAUGUUGUUAUCAUCAAUGAUGACUUAGAGAGGGCCUACGAGGAGCUGAAAGAUAUCCUCAAUGAGGAAAUCCAAAAAGUUCAGGAGGCCAAAUAACAAGGAAACAGUGACUCAGUCUUUCUGCUGCUGAAGAAACUAAAGCAACACUUGGCCUGAGCGACUCCGUCUCCACUGACCGCAAACACACAAUAAAAUCCAAUCGGAGGAGAGGUGUGUUUUUCUUUUACCUGCCGCAUGAGACAAUGCUCAGAGGGAAAAGAGGGCUCUGGAUUCAUAGAGAAUGGGAGGUUUGUGUUAGAUUUAGAGCAGUUAAUGGUCAAUAUCUAGUUAUGAAAGUCCCAACCCAUAUAUUUCUCCCAGGUGUCAAAUCCAGAGCAACAUUUGCAUCUAUUCCACACGUGUGUCAUACACGUCAGCAUCACCGGACAGCACCAACUGCACUCAUCGCAAAAUAGUUUAGAAAGUAGUUGUACUGUGUUCUGUUGAAUUUUAAUAUUGUGGAGUUACAUUUACUCAUAGCCAAGUGUAAAAUUAAAGUCACGCUGAUAUAUAUUGAUGACUUUAUUAAAAUAUACUCAGAUGUGCUCACAUGCUGCAUAUUAUUCAAAAAUUUACAUGGAGAUCUGAAUAAGGUCAUUGUGUAUGUGACCUUUAAAAUAUUUGCGUGUAUGUGUGUGUGUGAGGCUGAAUAAAGAAUGUGAGAACGA